AGGUACACUUGCGAAGGGUUUUGUGGGCCACGACUAACUUUGUGUGGCAGACGUGGGACAAACGAUAUGUAAGCACUGUCCCAUGCACCUUCCCACGCAUCCUGAACAGACGGCUGGGCAGUAUAGUUGUGAAGAGUCUCCAUGCUUCGUCACCGUGCUUCGAGACUCUUAAGAAGCAAGCUUACCCUCCACACUCCUUCGCUGAUUGUGUGGCAAGGACUUUGGCCACGCCCCCACUAAGUAUGAAGCCAGUGUUUAGUAGUGAUGAACAGAGUACCGUGAUUAGAUGUAUAAACCACUUUCUUUGUCAGCACCAUAACCGUACGUAUGUAGGUACGUGAAGAGUUUUGAAGAUCCUGCAGGACCACUCAGCCACACGUCUAACUAAAAGAGUAAUUGUAUAUUUAAUUACUGUACAAUAUAUGCCCUUCGAUUUAAUGAUAGAGAGUCCUCAAGGGGAAUUAAAAAUGUAUUACUAUAUUUAUGUAUCCGGCAUUCCUCUGUUCUAUAACUUUUUUGUUACCCCCUCAUCAGUGUUGACUAGGCAGUUUACACACAAUUUAAAAACAAAGACAAAUGUCUAAGUGUGUCUGGCAGGAGAGUAGGCCGCUUUCCCAUUUUCUUUGCUAAAUGGUGAUGGAUUUUAGACGGAGUCGAGGGUGUGGAGCAAGUGAUAGUCACCAUGUGUGUCACCGCUGAACACGUCAGGAAGAGUCUCAGCCGCGGUCCCACCACUCUGUCCCUGGAGCCGACAAGCACGACCCCAGGAGUGAGUCAACGCCCCCAGUUCGUCCCCGCCGUCAUGGCGUGGCGCGUGGGUUGGCUGCUGGUGGGCGUGUGGGCGUGGUCAGCGGGCGGCGUGCCUCGCCCCUCGCCGCCCCGCCCAUUCUGUGAUGUGGAGGCGCUUCGCUGUGACAUCAUCUGUUCCUUCCCAGACCUCGGUUUCCACUGCAGCCGCUGCGCUAGAAGAAGACCCAUGAGGUUUGGGAAGCGAGGAGGAGACAACCCAGCGCUGCCUUACACCUCCUCUUCCUCCCCCCACUUGCCCGGUGCCCCCCGCCUCCCCGCCGAAGCGCCCCCUCAGCCAGAUGCGCUGGAUGGUCUCCGCUUCGUCGGACGCCCGCAUUUGUUCCUCAGCAAGAUAUUUUGGAGGGACACCGUGGAGGAAAAUGUUCUCUUCCGGGAGAGGAAAUUGAGACUCUGGAGAGAUCGAAAGAAGUGUCACCAGAUCGUUGAUGACCCCAGCAGGUGCCAGGAUAACGCGUUCACAAGAUUAUUCCGAAGCUUCGAGGACCAAGGCGAGCAUUCCCAUGAAGCAGGUGAACCCAACGAGAGUCCUUGCGCCGUGGACCCGAGGAAAUGUGCCCACGGUAAUGACAUCCGGAAGCGUCUGGCUGGCACCGACAAGGCUACAAGGCCAUCUUUUAACGACCACUCUCUCAGAAAACGAUCCCACAGCAGCGCAAAUUUAAGUAAUCGCAGCAGGACCCGCGGCGAGCGUCCCAGAGACAGUGAGAAGCACAAAAGACACCGGAACUUCUCGAACAAGCCCCCAGAACGCCUCCAUCACACCGGUGGUGUCUCUAGCGCUGCCAAGAGACAUCCCUUCAGCCCUGGCAGGAGAAGGUCGCGGCGGUCCGUGGUGGAGGAGGUGGUAGAGGGACUGAUGGAGAUGCUAGACCUGGAAGUUCUCCCCGUCAAUCCCAAACACUACGGUUGUCACGACCUGCCUUUCCCGGGCCUGGAUUAGCCUGCCAUUGCUCCUGUGUCGGCGUCGCGGCGCCCCAACACUUGCUGCGCCAUAGCCAAAUCGUAACACUUCCUAUGUCGAAAGGAAGCCAAACCCUACAUGAAUUUUGCCUUGUCUAGGAAAGUCUGAUACCGCCUUGCACCAAAUUAAGGCAGCUUGAAUUGAACAUUGUCACGAAAGCAUAGCAUAAUACAUUACAUAUACACUUAAUAGCUUGGAAACAUCCAACACCUCCUAAUUAACUCAACGUGAACUGUCGAAUCAUGAACAUCAUUAUGAAAACUUAUCCUAAUACUUUGUUUUCUGAUAGUUCUCUGCUGUGUACCUCUCUCCUUUAGGUGAAUUAACUUGUAUGAUCUUGAUGCAGCAACAGCUGAGGGUCAUGAGGCGCUGCUAGUCGGUAAGAUCUAAAGUAAUCUGUAUUUAGUGUUCUGUCAGCUGCUUCCCAGUCACUGAGGGUCUGCGGUGCGGCAAGCAAAGCAAGUUGUUCAUGUCAGAGUGGUGUUUGACCAUUCACUUAUUGACUGAGUGACACUUGUUGCUUCGUUGCUUUGUUUUAGUCACCAUGGAUGAGUUUGCUGAAUUUGAAUAAAUUACAGACACAGACUGUUUCAAAGUGUUUUAAAAACUCUGUGACUGUAGCGUCUCUCGAAUUGACACUCAAAACUUGCACAAGACCAUUUGAUUAAACUCAAAGAGGAAAUCAUAGCAGUUAAAGGGGUAACAGUAGUUGUUUGCUUUGUGAGGAUUCCCCAUGGUUGAAACGUUGGUAUUGGAGAAACUUUAUCUUGAAAAUUAUCUUAAUACAUGUGACAUUUAUCACCAGACUUAUUACAUCAAGAGAAUUCCCUUAUCCUUUUCAUAAGGAUUAAAGAAUAUUACGUUUCUUACUUGCUUGAUUAUAGAUAUUCUAAAUGUGUCCUUUAGGUUUUGUCAGUGAGCGAGUACGUACAUUUUAGAAGGAUCUAGAAAAUGACACACUUGUCUGAAUAAACUUUCUUGUAUCAAA